AUGUCCGACCUGCCUACCAAAGCCGAUUUUCUCGCUCACGGCCUCGCCGCAUGUCCCGUACCGGAUGAGGACCCAGACUGUCCCAUCUGUCAGGAGCAGUUUACGUCAGCACCUAAUACCCCAAGCGAUGCCACCGAAGAAGAUGCCGAAAGCCACGUACCCAUGCAGAUGCCAUGCUGCAACAAUGUCUUUUGUCACCACUGCAUCACCACCUGGCUUAAUUUUGUAACUACGUGCCCGACCUGCCGCGUACAACUCUUUGAAAGGCCAGAACCCGAACCAGAAUCAUCCGAACCAUCCGAAUCUGAAACAUCUGAUUAUGAAGAGGAAUUUUAUGAGGAGGACUUGGAUGUACUCAUGGAGUUCGACACUGAUGAUUGAAUGGGAUGUGUGGACAUUUACAUUGUCGGUUGAGUGGUAGAAGGCAGGCUGUGGUAUACCACGGGAGGAACUCAGUGUAGUGUCGGAAGUCGGACUAUCGCUUGUAGUAAACGGGUGUAGAUACAUAGUGUUUCUAGUCACGAGUCUUACUAUGGUGGAUAUGAGUACAUUUUACCUUCGCCUACGCUGUAUGGUGGGCAGCUAGAUGUACGAGGAGCGGGGUUCAAGAGAGAUACUGUAUGGAACUGAAGCUUCAUGAAUUU